AUGUAUAAAUUUUCCUAUCCUCAGCUAACUCAGAUCUCCGAAAACACAGACCCCGACAUUUUUUUCGCCUUAUUGUCCAGCGAUCUUCAUAUACUUUGUCUGACCAUAAUCGACUCACGUCUAAUAGGCGAACUGGCUCUCCUGUCCCCGCAACUCAUACUCCCGGUGGGUGAUGCUCAGGGUCGCACGCACUAUAUUCUGCUUGUAACCGAGCGCGAACGCGAACAAUGGCGUGUUGCAAUGGAUACGCAAAAAAUGCACUAUCAAAUUCUGCUCUACAAAACGGAACAAAAACCCGCGCCCAGUACGAACACCGGAACAGUGGAACCAGUAGUCACGGAUUCAUUAGCUCGCGCACAGACAUUGCCAAAUACCAGUCGAGCUGAACCGUCCCAGGCGGAGAUAAAUGAGCUGCUCAAGCAUUAUUCUCAACGUGAACUCAAACUAUUCAAGCUCAAUAAAACAGGGACAGCGAUCCUUCACAGCUACCAUGUCCGAAUUGAAGUGGACUCGUACGGACAAUAUGAAGAGGUGGCUCGAACUCGGGUAGUGACACGGUUUGCCGAUCCGGAAUGGCACCAAACCUUUGACUUGCAUGUGGACGAUGCACAUCAAAUAUGUUUCACCAUAUAUCGUCACUGUGAUUAUGUGGGCUACGUGGAACUCGUGUUAGAUCGCAGCAAUCUCUCUUACAGCAAUGAAGUUCGUCUGAUAGACACCCACGAAACUGGUCAAAAGAUGAUCUAUUUCACAUUUUCUCUGACAUUCAGAGAAAGAACGUUUCUCAAGCACGACAAUAUCAAACAACAGAAGGAGGGCAUUUUCAGUGUUCCCUUAAUGAGUCUAAUAAAGCAUGAAAAACAACUGCGUUCGAAAGGAGGUGGAAAAACUCCGGAACCCCUAGUUCCCCGGAUCGUCACUUCUUGUGUGGAUGAGAUUGAACGACGCGGGCUGAAAGAGGUCGGUCUGUAUCGGAUAUGCGGGGCGAAUUCUGACAUUCAAACAAUGAUCACAUUGUUCAACCAAGAUCAAGAAGAAGCAAUAGGACGCUUACCGACCUUGGAAAUCUCGGUUAUCGCCAGUGUGCUCAAACAAUUUUUCCGUGAUCUCCCAGAACCACUGCUCACCGACGAAGGUUCAGUGGCUUUGAUGGCGGCCGUUGAGAAUCCCGAUGAGAAUCAACGAAACAAAUCGUUGUUUGACUGUAUUUCACAGCUUCCAACAGCCAAUCGGGACACGUUCACUUUCUUAGCUACACAUCUGAUCACUGUUGCACGUUAUAAGGAGACAAAUAUGAUGGAUUUGGGCAAUCUCGCAUUGAUUUGGUCCACAGCUAUUUUCCAGACCUCUUCAGAGACAUUGAGAAUUCAUACAGGAGUAAAGAUCACACCUGGCACGGGGACUUAUAUGGAUUCGCUGAACCGAGAAGCCGCGGUUGGAUUUCAUCAGACGAAAACCUUGUCCAUAAUUCUCACAGCUGCUCAGACUGGAAAACUCAAAUGGCCACAAAGGGAUGGAAGAAGACUGGGUGGACGGGAGGACCCAGAACGAGGCACGAGACAAUGUGAUUCAUUGAAAUGCGUAGAACAGGUCGAAUUAUUUGUCGAACGAUGA